CUUGAAAACACGUCCACUUCCGCUCGGGUCAGUCUACGACGCGUUGUCUGCGCUUAUGAGCACACCAACAAGGGGAUAAACCAUUUCUCUCCACGGCAGUUAGUUUAUAUAAAUACCUCCACUGCUCGCCGCUGCCUACCAGAAUGAAUGUGGGUGUGGCACACAGCGAGGUGAACCCAAAUACUCGGGUCAUGAACAGUCGAGGGAUCUGGCUGACCUAUGCGCUUGGUGUUGGAAUACUUCACAUUGUGCUCUUGAGCAUACCCUUCUUUAGCGUGCCAGUGGUGUGGACUCUAACUAAUGUUAUACACAACUUUGGAAUGUAUGUCUUCAUGCAUGCAGUGAAAGGCACACCUUUUGAGACCCCUGACCAAGGAAAAGCCAGACUUCUCACACACUGGGAACAGCUCGACUAUGGCGUGCAGUUCACAUCCUCUAGGAAGUUUUUCACCAUCUCCCCAAUCAUUCUAUACUUCCUGGCAAGUUUCUACACAAAGUACGACACGACGCACUUCGUCAUAAACACCGCGUCACUUCUGAGCGUCCUGAUCCCCAAGCUGCCACAGCUACACGGAGUGAGGCUUUUCGGCAUCAACAAGUAUUAAGUUAUUGUAAAAAGCUGUGCCUCAUAGCAACACAAGUUAAUUCCUGUGUAGUCUGUACCGCCGAUGUGUGUACUAAGUCGUACGGUUUGUGUAAACGUCACUUGUCGUUUAGAUUAUCGGAUGCAAACAUGAUGCAAACAAACAGGAGUAGGUUUGUAGAUGACAGGAUGCCAUAUGCAUUACUAACUUAUGUGAAUAUUUAAUAAUGUUUUUUGGCUGACGUUGUCCUGGGCUGGCCCAGGCGUCAGUGAGGAUUUUGGUUGAUUUGUGUUUGUCUUUGCCCUCAAUUCACACAGCUACGCAAAUUGUGAGUAUGAGUCUGUUUCUAACCACAAAGAUGUCCCAAAUGUAUUUUUCAAAGAUGUUUACUUCCUAAAGGUGGGAGCCUAUGGCUCAUUGUGUAUUGGUACACUCUCAUUUUGUAACGAGUGUCCUACUUAUUCAUGCUGAGUGAAGAAUGGAAUCGUACUCCUUAUUUGCAUGAUUUCCUUGGUAUGUGAAUCAUUUCCACUGAGUCGAUGCAGGCUUUUUUUGAUUGUACAGUUUUGUUUUGUGAAUGUCAUGUUCUGUAUGUAGAAAUGAGACAAAUUAUUGUUGUCAGGUUAAGUGUUUACUGAGGGAGGUCUACAGUAUGUGAUAAACCUAACGUUCAUGUAGCUGCUCUCUUUAGAUUAUAAGUUUUUGCCAUCGUCAAGGCAGCUAGUCCUGCUUUGUUUGGCCAUAGCUCACAGUGCUCCUGAGAUUUCUUGUUCUUAAUCUAAUUAAAAUGUUUGUGUCCUCA